AUGAACGAACUAAACUCCGCGCACCUGUCAAGCAUUACUUUCAUUAAUAGCAAUGGGGUGAUUAUCACUACUGAAAUUAAGGAGGCCAAUAAAAAGAUGCAAGGAAACCUUAUAAAUGAUAAUGAAGGUAACUAUGCUUUCUGCGAUAAAGAUUUAGAUCACAUUAAAAACCUUGUUCUUACCCUAAAACCAUUUCACAAAGAAUAUGAAGAUAAUAUUUUAUUUCGUAUAAAAAAAAAGGAAGAUAAAUAUAGGUGUGAAUGGGUUUUAUUGCUUAAAACGGUUAGGGAAGAUUUGAUAAAGCAAAAAAAUGGUACCUUCAUUGACGUAAGUCUUAAAAAUGACCUCGGACAGGUGCGCGAGCAAUCCGGCUGUGUACUCGAACAAUCCGGUCGCGUAGCUGAACAACCCGGCCGCGUAGCUGAACAACCGGGCCAUGUGCGCGAACCCAAGUGGGUUCAUGGGAAGGAGGAGGAAGUGGAAGAGAAAACUUUCGACUGCACCGAUAUAAAAGACAUUAUGCUGAAAUACGUGUACUGCAUCACCUAUUUCGAUAAUUACAUUAUCAACUUAAGAAACGAAAUUGGCAUCAUGUACAGUUCGGACAGCGACAAUUUUUUAAGUCAACUGAUUAAAAUAAAUAACGACUUUACGAAAAAGGGCAGCAAAAAAUGCGACGAGUUUGUGCUUGCGAAUGGGCAUAUGGAGGCCGACGGGAAGCUUAUUCACCACCGCGACGCGGGCAAAUGCGGUGCGAACGAAAGCGACGCGAGCAAAAGUUACGCGAACAAAAGCGAUGCGAACAAAAGCGACGCGAACAAAAGCGACGCGAACAAAAGCGACGCAAAUUUGGGCUUGCUCAACGGCGCGUUUGCCAGCAUCAGCGGUGGAAGCAACCUUUCCAACGAAAACCUAAACGGAAACGUUCGCAGCAGCGGUGACAAGCUUCGAAGUUGUGGCCACUGCGAUGGUGGAUCCAGCGCGGAUGCCACCCGAACCACCUGCGAUAACGCGGGCCUCGAAUUAAGGCAAAAACUGUCUGUGAAAAACAGCACGCCCAAGUACAACCUUCGUAAAGCGGUGAAUGGCAGCUCCAACGCCAACUCGAACGUCAGCACAUGCAUAAGCGCGCGCGCGAACGUGCUGCCCAGCGUGAACUCGAGCGUGACCGCUGAGAGAAGCGCGGACAGGAGCGCGGACUCGAAUGCUGCCUCGAAUGUUGACAUGAGUGCCGCCUCGAACGCCGACUUGAGCGGCGACCCGAACGACGACCUGAACGACGACUCGAACACCUACGCGAGCGCCCACGCCAGCGUUGAGGCAAACGUGGAUGUGAAUGCCAAUUAUAACUACAACGAGUACGCCUCGUGCGCAUCGCCCAAAAUGGAAGAUACGCACAAGCCACGAGACGACGAAGCGGCUGUGAAAAAUUGUGAUGAUGAGGAGGAGGAAGAGGAGGAGAAGCACUUGAGCUUUUUUAAAAAACUGUUUUACAGCAAAUUCGGAUUUGAAAAAAGUAGCAAACCGAAGGAGAAAAAUAAAAAUGCAAAAUCGCAUAAUUUGUCCGUGAAGAAGGAAAAUGAGGAGUAUUCUUUGAAAAAGGUGAAAGAUGAAAUUCGCGAGCUGGAGGAACCCAGCUCGGCUGUACAUGCUGAGGGGAGCCGCCCGGCGGACGUGAGUCUCCACGAUAGGGGUGACCUCCACCAGAGAGGAGAUAACCCCGAAAGGGAACAAAUUGACAAUAGUAAAAGUAAAAAUAGCAACAGCAACGAGAGCGGCGGCGGCAAGGAGGAAGGCGGCGCGCCCGCUAUGAAGCGGAAAGCGAGCGGUGACAGUGCCGCCACCAAUGUACAGAGCGGCGGAGAAGAAAGCACAAACAUUUUAAAAAAAAACAACAAAGGGGGGAAUAACAUCCUUGUGAACGUGGAUAAUUUGAGGAGAGAAUUGGCCAACUUUUUGAAGGAAAAUGAGAUGAACGAAAAAACGGAGGAAAAAGCCGUUAAAAAUAGGAACUCAAAAGAAAGGCAUCAUCACAUGCGGCAUAACAACAACAGUUCCCUUUUCCAUGAAAAUGUCAACAUGUUAAGUGAAAUUUCGACGGAUGCUCUGCUAAACAUUUUUAACAAGCAGAAUUGCAGUGCUGUGAAGCACGAUUUGCUCCACCAGGAAAAUGGGCAUCCAGGUAUUCCCUCAUCGAGCAGCUUUCAAAAGUUCGUGGAAGACUCUGCAGAGAUGCACAAAAAGUGGGCGCAUAGGAGUGGCAGCCGGAGUGGCGGCAAAAACGCGAACAGCGUCGAUAGCAGCUGCAGCCGCAACGUGAGUGGAGGCGGGCACGGCGCUGCCGCUCACCGUGAGAAGAACAGAACCCCGCAGGGGGCAGAGCCAAAUGGCGACUUCGAGGAUGAAGCCAACAUAGAAUUAAUCAAACUAAUUCUGCAGCAGCAAAUGAAAAGUAACUGCAGUAGGGGAGGAGCAGCAGGGGAAAGCUCCCUCGAGCGCAGCAGCAAUAUGUUAAGCAAACAGGUACCACUAAAUGAGUACAACAGGAAGGACUACUUUGACCAAAGAUAUAAGGAGGAAGAGUCAAAAAAGAAUUUAUAUUUGGGGGAUAAACAUGGGAGUGAUAGAACGAGGAAAGAUAAAAGCUUCCAUUUUCAUCACUACCAUCAUCAGCGCGACAAAUCGUUGGAAGAGGGGAGUGGCAUGUUGCCCAGCGUAGCAGUGAGCGAGGAGGAAAAAAUCAAGGAGGGCUGCCUGAACGCAGGCGAUUAUGCCAGUAACAAAGUCGGUAGAAGAGUCGCUAGCAAGGUAGUUAACGCAAAAGCUAGCGGUAGUAGCGCCCCCGUGAGCCGUAACACCGAUGGAGAUAUUAACAAAUGCAAGUACGAUUUCCGAAGCAGGAAACGGAGGGACUGCAAUAUUGACCGAGGAGAGUAUACCCAUUACAAUAUGGUGAAGCAAAAAAGAGAGCCCGCAGAGGGUAAGGAUGAAAACAGGGUAGCAGAUAACAACUCCCCUUAUGAAAGCAUCGCAACGGAUGUAAUAAAAUUUAUGCUGCAGUGUAACGAUCACUGUAGGGUCAUGAAGGCAGAUAUGAACGACAACACGAAUAACACCACCACGAGUAAUGACAGCCAGGAGGGGAACUACGGCCAUGAUGGCUGCGGAAGUAGCGACUACAACGGUAGUUCAAACGGCGGCAGUUUGAACAGCUCCAUUUUGAACAACGCCAUAGCAGAUUUUUUUAAAAACCUCCCCCCCAGUGAAAUAAACCACCUAGUAGCAAAUAAAGGGGAUAUUUUGUCCAAAAUGGUGAAGGUCCCUAAAAGUGGCAAAGAUAGCAGGGCGCAAACAAAAAGCGGUAACGAACCCCUCUGCGGCAACAUGACGAAGAAGGAGAAGGAAGUCCCAUCGCAUUGUAGCAGCGCAUACAAUAACGCUAGUAGCAACAGUCACCUAAUUAACAGUUGCAGUAAAGCGAACAACCUAAGUAAUCCCGACGAUGGUUCCCAUUUUUUCAGCAACGUGAACAUGGCACAUAUAAGCAUCAACAAAUUGUGCGAACAGGCCUUGGACCCACAUUUUCAAAGCAGCUCUGCAAAAAACGAGACUGAACUUAGGAACCCACAUUGUAAUAACAUUGAGAAUAUAAUCAAUUUGAUAAAAGGAACAAUGAAAGGUAGCUAUGAUGACGUGGGAAAUAUCCACAGUGGGUUGCUGCACAGUGGAAGCAGCAGUAGCAACAAAAUAAAGGUAAAACAGGAUAUUACGAGGAGGGGCAUUUCCCCCCCUUCGGCAGCUACAAUUGUUGGAGGUUCAAACCACGCAGAUAGUGCUGAUUACCAUCUUAAGAGUGAAACGCUGCCGAAGGAUAAGGUGAUAGGCAGCUUGGUGGAGGGCGGCAAAAGGAAAAGUGAUCACCCAAGUGGCCGUGUUGAUAACGAAAACAGCAGCAGCGAUGUUAGCGAAAAUAUUCUCAGCAAUGGUCUGAUUAACAGCGCGAGCAGUAAUAAUAAGAGCAGCAGCGGCAGCAGCAAUAAUAGUGCCCUUAAGGGGGUUCACCCCAAAGCGCGCGAAGAAAUAAACGCCAAAAAUUGCACCAACGUGUGUUAUAGUAAUAACGAUACGAAUGACAGCAGUGGUAAUAGCCAGGUAGACAAUUUUAACCACCCGAGCGAUGCUCAUAACAGCGGCAGGCAAACCUUUAACCUGUCGGACGAAAAUAUGGACCUAUUGUACAACUAUUAUCUGCAGGCUUGUAAGAACUGCAUGGCGCACACGAAGAAGGGGCUACAUAAUGAAAAGGGUGACGCACCAGCGGGGGGGUUGGAGCCGGAGCUGCACGCGAAGUCGAGCAGUAAGGGCCUCGGCCUCAACCAGAGCAACCAUCUGCUAAGCGGCAAUUGCAGUAGUGGCGGCCACAACGUAAAAGCGCCAGCAGGUAAGAGGGAUGACCCGAAGGAGAGUGCCAACUACGGCAGCGGCGGCAACCUUAACGGUAAUACCAACGUUAGCGUUACCUUUAGUGACACCUAUAUUAAUGCGAACAGCGUCGCGGAUCAAGUGAAUAGCUUCUUUCACAGUUGCCUUUGCAAUUUGAAGAGCAUGAACGAUAUGGCUGUGUAUGACAAGCUGGGCAGCGUCGAAAAGGAGAGCAGUGGUGGGAGGGAUGAUGGCGGUAAGGACGGUGGCGGUAAGGACGGUGGCGGUAAGGACGGUGGCAGUAAGAACCAUGGCAGUAAGGACCAUGGCGGUAAGGACAAUAGCGCUUUCUGCAAUAAGCGUAGUGGCAGCCGCGCCAUCAACAGUGCGUAUGACCAAAUCGAAAGCCACAUAAAGAACAGCCUCAAAAUUAGCGGCAACGCGAAAAGGGGGGACGGACAAUUGAAGGAAAAAUUGAAAGCCACUGAAGAGCAGCACCACCACUACCACAAGGGGAACGCCGAAGGGAACGACCUAAUUAAACUUAGCGCUCUGCAGAAUGUCCAGGCCAGCAAUUUGUUAAAGGCGAUAAGGGGGAAGGACCUAAGCGGCGCGAGUGGAAGUGCGAGUGGAAGUGCGAGUGGAACCGCCAAUGAAGUGAGCCUGUUGAACGAUUUGAGCGACUUGAACGAUUUAAACAGCAUGAACAGCCUGAACAGCACGCACAGCCAGAACGGCAUGCACAGCGUGAACGGCACCAAGGAGAGCGACAAAGCGGACGCCUUCCAAAAUUUCGACAGCGAAUUUAGCGCCCUGAUGAACAAGUAUGAAAAUAACGAAAUGCCCGGCAACUAUCAGAAGAGCCUUUUGAAAAUUGUAGAAGAUUUGAGCAGCAAGAAGAACGCGAGCUUUCCUUCCUUUCAAGCGGGAGGCAGUGGUGAAAAUUCCAGCGGGAAAUACUCCGAUGAGCAUAUUUUGAAGGCCAUAUUAAUUAACAUGAUAAAGGAACUGUCUGCUGCGAAAGGUGACGGCUCCUUUCCCCGGGGUGCAUCCACGUCAAAGGGUGCCAGCGGGCGAGGCGGCUGCAGCGGAAGCAGCGGCAACAGGCAUAGUGGGCACCCCCGCCAUGGCAAGGGCCACAUCAGACAUGGCAAUCACGGGCGUCGCGAAGAACACAACAGGAAUAGCGGCCACGGGAGUAGAGACGAACAUACCAGGCAUGGCAACCACGGGAGUAGGGACGAACAUACCAGGCAUGGCAACCACGGGAGUAGGGACGAACAUACCAGGCAUGGCAACCACGGGAGUAGGGACGAACAUACCAGGCAUGGCAACCACGGGAGUAGGGACGAACACGCCAGGCAUACCCGCCACGAGAGCCGCGAAGAACACAAUCGGCACAACCGCCAUAACAGAUAUAGCAGACGAAACAGCCACAGCAGCUGCAGCAGCCAAGCAAGCAACGACAACAACGGAAGCAACAACGAAUGCAGCAGCGUCUUUACCUCCAAUUGUGACGGCAGAAAAAAGAGUUCCUCCAGCCAAAAAAAAAAAAAAAAUACAAAUCAAAACAGUACAAGUGCUAACCCUACAUUUGGUAAUUUCCCCAACAGUAUGAACAGCAAUAUUAAUUUCCAAACCAACGUAGACACCUUCAACAAUAUUUACAAUAAUCUUGUCAUCAAAAAUAACAUAAGCAACUCGAAUAAUUACUACAGCAAUUACUGCCAGAAUAAUAUCAUCAAUAUUAACAACUGUGGGGGGAGCAAUUAUUUUUAUAAUAACAGGAGGGCCAGCAAAAGCGAGAGCAACCUUCUGAAGGAGGGGCACGUAAUGACCGACGCGAUAAACAUAAAGAGUAACGUAAAGUGCAAGGCAAACAACAAUGUAGAUUUUAACGCCCCCAGCAAUAUAAUUAGGAGACUGCAGAAGAAGAACAUUAGUGCCUUCCACAUGUCCGAGUUUAAGCACCCACAUGGCGACUCGCUCUCCUUGUACGAAAAUGACGCCUGCGAGGAUAGCAAGCCGCGUGGCGGCGCGGUGGAUGCGGGGGCCAACGAUGUGAGUGCAAACGACGUUAGUGCAAACGAUGUUAGUGCAAAUGACGCGAGUGCAAACGAUGUUAGUGCAAACGAUGUUAGUGCAAACGAUGCGAGUGUAAAUGAUGUUAGUGCAAACGAUGCGAGUGUAAAUGAUGUUAGUGCUAAUGACGCGAGUGUAAACGAUGUUAGUGCCAAUGACCCCAGUGCCAAUGACCACAGCGCAAACGACCCCAGUGCUAAUGACCACAGCGCAAACGACCCCAGUGCUAAUGACCACAGCGCCAAGGACGACAGCUUCAGCCAUGCCAAUGCGAAUGAGGUAAAUGCGGACCGACGCGGGAGCGACCCGUUCAGCGGAGACGUGCCACAUGAAGACGAGCUGAACAUGAACGAGGCCAACGCGGAUGACACGAAUAUGGACGAAACGAAUAUUGACGACCCAAAUAUGUUCGAUGCAAAUCUCUACGAGGAGAAUAUCUUUGACGCGAAUAUGGGAUCUACGAACAUUGGAGACGUCAACCUUGAUGUGGUCAGUAUGUAUAACGGGAAUGUGUACAGCGGCAACAUCUGCAGCGGUAACAUCUGCAGCGGCAACAUCUGCAGCGGUAACAUCUGCAGCGGUAACAUCUGCAGCGGCAACAUCUGCAGCGGUAACAUCUGCAGCGGUAACAUCUGCAGCGGCAACAUCUGCAGCGGCAACAUCUGCAGCGGCAACAUCUGCAGCGGCAACAUCUGCAGUGGGGGCAUUUACGCGAGCAACAAUUUGAACCACACCGAUAAUAAUGAAGACACCAACAACGAUGAGGCCAACAACGAGGACACCAACUACGACGAUAACAAUAACAAUACGACCAAUGACGUGCAGGAGGAGGAAGAAACGCUGCUCGUGCAAGGGGACACCAUCCUCAUGCAGAAGGAGAGGAAAGAGGAGGAGGAGCUGCAGCAACGGCAGCAACAGCAGCAGCAGCAGAAAAACGAAACCCUCUCCAACCUUAACGCAGAGCAUGCAAAAUUUGACCAGUUAAAAAUCGUCCAAAUGGACAACUGGAAAAGCGACCUGAAAGGAGGGAACAUUUAUGACGAUGAUGAUUUUUCCCAGGUGAAGGAAAUCACCCUUUGCAAAAAUGGAAGCGCUAAGGAUGAGGAGGGAGACGCGGCUGCGGAUGCCAUACACCCCACUUUUGAUUACACCGUUGGUAGUGUUGACCAUGCUGGAGAGAACGCUCAUCAUAGUGAAUGCCAAGCCGACCGGGGGAACACCCAAUUGGAUGAGAGUGGCACCAAAGUUGAGCACCAAAUUGACGAGAACUUCCACACACCAAGGGCGGGGGAGGACGAGGCCACCCCGAGUAACGCCCUGCCAAAGGUGACGAAGAAGAUGGAGUGUUUCGACGAGUUCCAAAUGAUGAAUAGGGAAAAAUAUGCCUUCAUUUUUAACUCAAAUGUGGAAGAUUAUUAUAUGCCCGUUUGCAAUGCACCGAGUUAUACGCACACUGGUGGGAGGCAGAACGUGCCAGAUGGGCUAAACGCAGACCUGAAGGAGGAAGAAUAUGUCAGCUUAAGGGACACACCCUGGGAAAAGAAAAGGAGCCACGUUUUUAACGAUCCAAUUGGAAGGAACCUUCACCAGGCGGAUGAGGCGAAUGGCUCUCUGCCCAUCGAUGUGAAAAAUUUAACGCAGAGUGAUCUCAAAGAAAUGCUCUUCCAGAAGAUGUGGUACAGGGGCGCCGUGAAGAGGGAGGAGCAGGCCGAAAGGGGGAAAGAAAGUAAAAGAGAAAAAGGGAAAGAAAACCAAGCGGACGAAGAAGAGGAGGAAGAAGAGGAAGAGGAAGAGGAGGACGAGGAGCAGGGAGAAGAAGAGCGACCCCCGCAGCACCAGCGGAUGAAGCGUGAGGAAGGCAAAUCGGAGGGUAGCGGCCCCCACGCAGUGAAGGAAAGGGAUCCUCCGGGCCAAGAGUUAUACUACGAUGAUAUGAACAAAAAUGCGGGUGCGAGUGGAAGUGCGGGUGGAAGUGCAAACGGAAUUGCCGGUGGAAUUGCCGGUGGAAUUGCCGGUGGAAUUGCCGGUGGAAUUGCCGGUGGAUGUGCCGGCGGGAGUGCAAAUCCAGACGCGAGCGGAAGAAGCAACGUGUACAACAGCUUCUCUUCAUACAUCUCCCUGAACAUAAACUUUUUCUGCCUGUUUGACGACAUGUACGAUAACUUUUUUAAAGCAGAUUUUGACGAUCGGGAAAAAAUGCUGAAAAUUCUCAACCUGAAUAAGAGCCUCUGCUACAAUCAGCUGCUCAUGUUUUAUAAAAAAAAAAUAUUCUUCGAUUGCAAAAGUGAGAAGGAUUCUAAUUUGCCUUUGGACUGUUUACCCGGGCAGGACGGUUCCACCCGGAGCUUAGAACAGGCCAAAGGCAGCAUCAGUAGUGGUAGCAGCAACGGAGGAAGUAACCUCCUCUAUGGAAGGGGCAGUACAGUGAUGCCCCCCUCAAGUGAUCAGAAGAGUAAUGCCAUUUUGCUGGAGAAGAGAAGUUCCGUGGAUGCCCCCCACGGUAAAGAGAGCCUUAUGCCAACCGCGCUCUACAACGGGAUCGCCCAUAAAGGGGAUGCAGACACCCACGUUAAGAGCACCAGGGAGGGUAAAGAAGUGAUUCGGAACUUUAGUGGGCAGUACGGCCUGAGCAAGGAAGAAUAUGCAGAUACUCCCCCCCUUCGAACUAAGGAAGAAACGUUCUGCUUCAAGAAGGUAAUAAACCAGCUGAGAGAUUUCCAAAGCGCCAUUAAUAACAAGCUGCACCAGAAGGGCAAAAGCCACAUGGGUGAAGUAAAGGCUGAGGAAGAUGGCCUCGGUUUAGGGAUAGCAACUCCCAUUAGGAAAAAGGAAGAACUAGACAUGGAUGAGAUGAAGAGAAGAAGGGGAAGCAUCCCGCUUGACGCUGCCACCACCAACGAAAGUGAUUACAAAGGUGUGGUGAAAAAUGAGUUGAACCUUUCACACGGAAUUGUACAGAAAAGUGAAAAGGGGGAAGAAUGCCACCCCGUAGGAGGUAUUACCUGUGAGAAGAACUUGGCUCCCAAAAAUAUAAACGACUCAAGGGAAGAACAGAACGUCAAAAGUGACAUCUCCUUUAAGGUUGACGAGGAUUGCAAGGCCGCUCUGAAAAGUAAAGUAAUCAAACCGAAAGAGGAGAAGAAGAUGAAGAGUGAUACCAAGGAGGAGCUUGAGGAAAGCAAAAAGAAUGUGGAGGCGUACGACGGGUAUGUGAGUGAAAAUUCGUUCGACAGCGACCACGCGCAUGAGCUGGUAGACUGUGUGCUGCAGCCCGGAGUGGAGAACAGCAGCAGUGCUGAGGUGGGUGGUGGCCACUACGCUGACGGGGAGUACCCUCAUGGCGGCUUCCCAACGAGCACGCAACCCCCCGCGGGCGACGCACCCAUCGAGUUCGAAAUAAACGUGGACUGCCCCGAGGAGGAAAACGACGUCAUGUUCAAAUUCAUAUACCACAAGGUUAACUGCAUACGGAACAACAUGUGGACGCAAAGCAUUGACGAGCUGCAGAAUAAAGAAAUACAGGAGACGCUCCGAAAGUGUCGCAAGAGGGGCGGCAGGCGGAGGGGCGCAGCAUGCGGAUCGGACGACCCGUACGGCGAUUACAAAGUGAUGAAGAGGGAAAAGGAGCAGUGCGCAGGGGAGGUUACCCCACCAAUCCACGCGCAAGCGCAGACGAGUCAGGCAAAAAUGAGCAAUAACAGUGGCAACGAUAUUUACUACUUCAACAUUUACACCAACCUGUGGGAAAAUAUCGACCUGAAUGUGAGCCACAAACUGCUGGAAUCCCUGGAGGUGAAAAAGAAAAGGAUUAACAAAUAUUAUAAAAAUAAUUCGUAUGAGGACACGAAAUUUAUAACCUUCACAGAAUGGCACCUCUACAAUUUGAUCAUUUCCAAAAUUUACAAAAGCUUCGAUGUGAAGAAAUUCGAGGAGUACCAACUGAAGGUUUACAACAUGGACAAGUUCCAGUACGAGCUUAAAAAAAGGGGCACCUACAAUUUUGGCAUCAAAAUUAUUGGAGAUUCGACUGGCAGAAGGGGUGUUGGCGGCGUUGGCGGUGUUGGCGGCGUUGGCGGUGUUGGCGGCGUUGGCGGUGUUGGCGGCGUUGGCGGUGUUGGCGGCGUUGGCGGUGUUGGCGGCGUUGGCGGUGUUGGCGGCGUUGGCGGUGUUGGCGGCGUUGGCGGUGUUGGCGGCGUUGGCGGUGUUGGCGGCGUUGGCGGUGUUGGCGGUGGAGGCCCCCGGGGUGGUAAAGGCGCCAAGGGGAGAGGGCCCAAGCUAGACAAAGAACACAAUAACAACAGCCGGGCGUCGAAAAUUUCGGAUCAUUAUUCAGACCUUAACUACGAUGAGGAUGAUUACUACGUGGAGGAGGGAGACGACGAGUUUGAGUUUGAGGGGCAGGAAGACGAUGUGGAGGAAGAGGCUGAAGAGGAAGAGGUCGAGGAGGAAGAAGAGCUAAUGGAUGACGAGGAGGGAGAGAAGAAAGAGUACAAAGAAUUGGAGGCAGAAGAAGACGAUUCGAAAGACUUUGUAUUUAUCAAUGGAAGCGCAGGCAACUCGAGAGACGCUAAGGAUGCCAAAACAGGUGGCAAUGUAACCCAACAGGAUGGAGAAAAAAACUCCCCAAUGAUAGCCAAAAAUUUGCGAAGCAGCAAUGGGAGCAGCAACAACAGAGGGAGUAGAACCUUCUGCAAGAGUAAGAGCAAAAAUGGGAACAGAUUAUGCGUCAGCAACAAGGAUUACCAAAUGUAUAAUAAUAGUGCCGACCAGAAGGGCGCAAAGGAAUUGAGGGAAGACAAAAUUAAGAUAGUCACCAGGGAGGAAGUGGUCUGGAACAAGAAAAUGAAAAGUGCCUUCCCCGCCAAUGAGGAGAAGCAGCCCCUGGAGGAGGGAGAAAAUGGCAGUAAGAGAAACACAGGCAUGUCUUUGAGAAGGAAAAAACGGAACAGCGUGUUAAGCGGAAACUCCACAGAAAACAGUUUAAUUAAAGCCAAUAAGAGGAAAAACAAAAAGUUGAAAGUUAGCGCAAAGGUGGAUAAGUACGCUGAAAAGGUGAUCGACCCAGGGGCUACCCACGUUAGAAGUGGCCGCGUCACUAGCGGUGCCGCCAACAAAGGAGGUAACAACGGACACACCCGAAACAGGAAGGUGCACGUUUUCAAAAAGAGGGUAAGUCGCAGAAGGAACUAUAACCCCCUGGUGGAUAAGAAGCCAAAUGUAUACCACCUGAUACAGCUGCCAGAUUAUGCAAGUCACAAGGAAUUGAUAAAAAGCAAAAACGACUGCCUACCCACAUACAUUCUCCAGUAUGAACAGUUGAAGAAAAACGAAUGCAUCUUCUUUAACAUUCAAAACCAUUAUAACAAUUUUAUUAAUAACGUUUACCAUUUUGCGGUUAGCUAUGAGCAAUCGUUGAAGCAUAAUGAGUACCUCAAUAACACGCUGAAUAAUGUGAAGGCCAGAUUGCACAUCAAGAGGUUGUGCCUUAAGAAGAACGUCACCUUGAGGGAUAAUUUAUUUGAUGUAUGCAACACCUAUUUUAAUGAUAUGUAUACGUACGACUCGGUGAGCAACACGUAUGUUCUGUAUAAGACGAAGAAGCUGCGGAUGGAUAGACUGGAGAAGACAAUAAACAAUCAGGACUACUACAGCAUGUAUGUGAAUGACUACAUUGAGAGCGAGUUGCUGAACAAGCGGAAGAGGAGCAAGAAGAAGAGCCCCGCGAAUGCGCUGUGCGAUGGGGGGGCCGCGGCGGGGAAGAAGUUGCCGCUUUGGGGCCGUCAGGUAGGGGGGAGCGCUUUCGAAGUGGGAGGCGGUUACCAAGAGGGAAGCGGCCACCCCGAGGGAAGCGCUUAUCUUGGAACAAACGACUACGCUGCGCGGGACGAUUACGUAGAGGCCAUUGCAUACGACGUGGCCAACCAGUACGAGCUGGUUAACCCGUAUGGCAGUUCAUUCCAGAACGGGAAUGAAGUGAACAACCAAAUGGAAAUCGCGCCAAAUGACCACGUACAGGGAGGACGAGCUAGCCACGAGGAUGGCAUCUACGUGGCGCGCAACACGUACCAUGUGCAGAGUGUGCAGGUUAAUAAUGAUGAGGACAUUGGGGGUGAAAGAAACGGCAACGAGGGAAGCGUAAACUGCAUGGGUGAGGACCACAUUAACCGGGAAAACUGCAUAAACAGCGUAAAUUGCCUACCACAGGUGGACGGCGGGGGCCACCUCUACGGAGCGGCAGAGCUGGCCCGUAGCGACCUCGAACUGCGCAACCAGCCGAAGUACCUGAACUACUUUGUGGACAACGUGGAAGACGACCUUGACUGCAACAAUAAUGGCACAUGCAAAACUGUCAUGUCCUUCAGCGAACGGACGAUCGAAGAGGAGUUGGGGGAUAUGGACCACGAGCUGGAGCGGGGGCCUCAGCAGGGGCUCCAGCGGGAAUAUCAGCGGGAGUAUCAGGGGGAAUAUCAGCAGGACUUCCAAGGGGACUACCAACAGGACUACCAACUGGAGCAACUCGAGCGGGACGAGCUCUUGGGGGGGACAAACGCCUUUAAGCCAAAGCAAAACAGGGCCUUUCCGCCCGAAGAAUUAAGCACAUACACCAAUCAUUUUGACGACGAAAAUGAUAAAACCCAUUUUAAUAAAACGAGCGAACAUUUCUUUGACUACUACGAGCAGAAUGGUCUCAACGGUAAUGAUAGGAAGGGCAACAAUGACCACGAAAAUUGCGACGACCACGAAAAUUGCGACGACCAUGGCAAUUGCCACGACCAUGACAGUUGCCACGACCAUGACAGUUGCCACGACCAUGACAGUGGCCACGACCAUGACAGUGGCCAGGACAAUGACAACGCCAGUGAGGGUAGGGGGAGCUUUUUCCAGGAAGCGGAAAAUGGAAAAAAUAAAAAUUUCGGCGCGAACAGCAAAGAGUUUUAUUUUAAUGGCAGCGUAAACCACGAUGACAUAAUUCAGUAUAUUGAUAUACAGUAG